CAUCGUGUCCAAUUGUACUGUGCGCAAUUGAAGGCUUCUCUUUCGACACUUACCGCUAAGGGCUGCGUUCAGAAAUCCUACUCGUUGGGUAGAGUAGAGUUGAGUGUGGUUGAAUGUAAACUCUACCCAGAGUGAUAUCUAAUCAAGCGACUUUCCGAACGUACAAGGUAAAGAACAAUGUAUAUAACAAUGGCGGAACAAAGAGUUCGGCGAAAUAGAAUAUUAUCUUUUGUAGUAACAUGUGAUCAUAAAUUACGACAUGUAUUGAUGAGUGUUAUAAAUAAAAUUGAUAAUACUGAAAGUGACGAUGGCCUCCUUUGAGGAGGCCUUUUUAAACAAAGAUAUUCGGCGAAUCCGAGGGCAACGGCGAAAGCCUGCACGUAUAGCAGGUUAUGUAGAAAAUGUAAUUCCACGUUACACUGGACAACAAUUUCGACAUCAUUUUCGAAUGACACCUCAAGUUUUUGAAACCCUAGAAAAUCGUCUAGGACGGUUAAUAGAUGACGUCGACAGGUUAGGACGUCCAAUGACGCCUGUGCGUAUACAAUUGUUGUCAACAAUCUGGCUUCUUGGUACGCCAGAUUCUUUUAGAUCUGUGGGCGAAAAGUUUGACUUAGGCAAGUCUUCUCUAAAUGACUGUGUGCGUCGUGUUGUUAAAGCAUUAAACAGCAUUGCUGAUGAAGUCAUUAAAUGGCCGAAAGGUCCACAAUUAGCAGCUUCUAAGGACAAAUUCAGUUGUCUCGGUGAUGCUCCUUUGCCUGGUAUAAUCGGAGCUGUUGAUGGUUUUUAUGGCUCCUGGGUUGUCACUGCGGCCAUAUUGAAUUUUGACGUCAGAAGCGAGAAAUGACACCAAGAAUUCUUGCGUGGCAUUUCCAAAUAAAAAGAUAUUCGACCAAAAGUACACUUUAGUCCGUUUUAGCACACUUCCAAAAGACUCCGUAAACUAUCCUUUUCCCUUGGCAGCUAAUAAACAACUCUACA